AUGUCAGGCAUAGUAGCAUUAAUUCUUCAUAGGCGAGUCCGCAACCACGAAAAAGAGAAGCUACGGAUGCAAACAAUGAUCCGAAACAAACGGUUUCGCGAUUUGUCGAAUCCGUAUGAGGACCCAAACUUCCAUUCGACUUACCGACUCACCCUGGACUUGGCCUUGGCUGUUGUGAAUGAUUUAAAGCCUGUUUGGCAACAACAUCAAUAUUCAAGCUCACUUCCUGUAGAACUAAAGUUCCUCUGCGCGUUACAUUUUUUCGCACAUGGCUCCUAUCCAAAAAGUUUAACAAAGGAUGUGGACUUCAAAGUAAGCCAGCCUACUUCCAGCAGAGCCAUUAGAGAGGCAGUGGCCGCACUAAAUCAGCCUCAAAUAAUCAAAAAAUGGAUUAAUUUUCCAAGUCGUCCUCAAAUGGAAGCAACUGUUUUAAGAAAUUACCAAAAAUUCGGAAUUCCUGGAGUAUUGGGCUAUAUUGAUGGCACACAUAUAAAACUUAAGAAGCCAACACAACAUGAAGAACUUUAUGUAAAUAGAAAGGGUGAACACACCCUUAAUGCACAAAUGGUGAUUCCGGAUAUCCCUUGGAGCCAUGGCUCCUCACACCGAUUCUUAAUGCUGAAGAAAACACACCUCAAAGUCGAUAUACCAAUACCCAUAUAA